AUGAUGGAAAGUAUGAACCUUGAACAACCACCACGACUAAACGCCGACCCCUGGCGAGAUAUGGAGCCAAAGGUGGAUGCAAUGCUAGGCGAUCUACUCAUGAUAUCUGAGCGUUUCCGAAGGAUCGUAAAUCCGACAGUGUCUGAUGCAGAUGAAUUAAUUGAAGCCAUCAACUCUGUGGGUGGAGAAGUUGAGACGAUGCGGGUCGCUUUAGACACUACGAUUGAGCGGCCGGAACUCUUUUCUGUAGAUGCGGAAGAAUUGAAAAGACGCACGGAGAAAACUCGCUCGUGGGAGCGCGAUGUUGCGAAAGCCAUCGAGUUGCGAUCAAAGAUAUUAUCAAACCGUGAAGGGCAAAUACAGGAUCCACUUGAGAGUAACGUAAUGACACCAAAUACAUGGGUUGAUUUGGACACAACUCAUAUUCAUCCAUCAGCUCAGUCGUCGCAUAUGCCAAUGAAUAGUUGUGAAGCGACUACUGACACAUCUGUUGGUGUUGUUGAGUCUCAAGCUCUUAUGCCAGUUGGAAUACCCAUACGUGAGCAAACAGUGAAGGCAUCCGAAUACUCAACCGCAAGUGUCGAGGUGCAUACAGUGGAUGAUGUGGAUGAUCCCAAUAAUGAGGGAUCUCUACUAAAGUACGUAUUGGUUAUCCUCUUAGUAUCAUCCAUUCUUGUAGCAAUAUCGUUGAUUUUCUUCUGA